GGAAGAAACCCCUUUUUCUUGGAGCCAGCAAUAAUUAUUACAAUUACUGAUGGGAGCAAGUUGACUACUACCAGUGGAGUCCAGGAUGAGCUAAAGGAGCAGCCCAGUGGUUUUCAAGAAGUGCCAAAGUGCACUGACUGUCUCAUGAUGACUGGUGCCUCAGGGAGGGUCAUGAUUCCUGGAUACAGGAUCGACCUGAUCCUGGAUGUCACUUCAAGCAGUCAGAUCGUGGGGAAAAGCCUUGUCUAAUGGCUAGCCUUCCUCAAAAGUCUGAUGCUAGUCAUCUCGGAAGGCCUCAGAAAAAGCCUUAAAGCUCCAUUUACCUCUUAAUUCUCCUUUGCCUGGAAGUGAAUUGACCAAGGAACCUUUUCGUUGGGAUCAGAGACUCUUUGCAUUAGUGUUGCGGUUGCCUGGCACCAUGUCAGUAGAAUCAGAACAGUUGACAGGUGUGCCUUUAGAUGACUCUGCAAUCACACCAAUGUGUGAAGUGACAGGCGGUCGCUCUUACUCUGUAUGUUCUCCAAGAAUGCUUAAUCAGUGUCUGGAGUCCUUGGUGCAGAAAGUGCAAAGUGGAGUGGUAAUAAACUUUGAAAAAGCAGGACCAGAUCCUUCCCCUGUAGAAGAUGGGCAGCCAGAUAUAUCAAGGCCUUUUGGAUCUCAGCCUUGGCAUAGCUGUCACAAACUCAUAUAUGUCAGGCCAAAUCCCAAAACUGGGGUUCCUAUAGGUCAUUGGCCUGUUCCAGAGUCUUUUUGGCCAGAUCAGAAUUCUCCAACACUACCACCUCGUACAUCUCAUCCUGUAGUGAAGUUUUCCUGUACAGACUGUGAACCAAUGGUUAUUGACAAAUUGCCUUUUGACAAAUACGAGUUGGAACCUUCACCACUGACUCAAUUUAUCCUGGAAAGAAAAUCUCCUCAAACAUGUUGGCAGGUAUAUGUGAGCAAUAGUGCAAAAUACAGUGAACUUGGUCAUCCCUUUGGUUACUUGAAAGCCAGUACAGCACUGAAUUGUGUCAACUUAUUUGUGAUGCCUUACAAUUACCCAGUCCUCCUUCCCCUUUUAGAUGACUUGUUUAAAGUACAUAAAGCAAAACCAACAUUGAAAUGGAGACAGUCAUUCGAAAGUUAUUUGAAGACAAUGCCUCCCUACUAUCUUGGGCCUCUGAGGAAAGCUGUUAGAAUGAUGGGAGCACCUAACCUCAUAGCAGACAGUAUGGAAUAUGGACUAAGUUACAGUGUCAUUUCAUACCUCAAAAAAUUGAGUCAACAGGCCAAAAUAGAAUCUGAUCGAGUCAUUGGAUCUGUAGGCAAAAAAGUAGUACAGGAAACUGGAAUUAAAGUCCGAAGCCGAUCACAUGGUUUAUCAAUGGCCUAUAGGAAAGAUUUUCAACAACUCCUCCAGGGAAUUUCAGAGGAUGUUCCUCAUAGACUGCUGGACCUGAACAUGAAAGAAUACACUGGGUUCCAAGUUGCUUUGCUCAAUAAGGAUUUAAAGCCACAGACAUUUAGAAAUGCAUAUGACAUACCUAGACGGAAUCUUUUGGAUCACUUAACAAGAAUGAGAUUUAAUCUUAUGAAGAGCACCCGAAGAUUUCUUAAAGGACAGGAUGAAGAUCAAGUACACAGUGUUCCUAUAGCACAAAUGGGGAAUUACCAGGAAUAUCUCAAGCAAGUACCUUCUCCACUAAGAGAACUUGAUCCUGAUCAGCCUCGAAGGUUACAUACAUUUGGCAACCCUUUUAAGUUGGAUAAAAAGGGUAUGAUGAUAGAUGAAGCAGAUGAAUUUGUGGCUGGACCUCAAAAUAAACAUAAACGACCUGGAGAACCAAAUAUGCAAGGGAUCCCUAAAAGACGUCGCUGUAUGUCUCCACUGCUGAGAGGCAGACAGCAGAAUCCAGUUGUGAACAAUCAUAUUGGAGGAAAAGGACCACCUAUACCUAUGACUCAAGCACAGCCAGAUCUUAUUAAACCCCUUCCUCUUCAUAAAAUUUCAGAAGCCAGUAAUGAUUCAACAAUAGAUGAUGUGGUUGAAAAUCAUGUUUCUGACCAACUUUCAUCAGAUAUUACACCAAAUGCUAUGGAUGCUGAAUUUUCAACAUCAUCUUCUCCAGCCAAUUUACUGGAACGACCAACCAAUCAUACAGAGACCCUUGGUCAUGAUCAUUUAGGAACUAAUGACCUCACUGUUGGUGGAUUUUUGGAAAAUCAUGAGGAGCCAAGAGAUAAAGUACAAUGUCCUGAAGAGAAUAUACCAGCAUCUUCACUCAACAAGGGGAAGAAAUUGAUGCAUUGCAGAAGCCACGAAAAAGUCAACACUGAACUAAAAGCACAAAUAAUGAAAGAGAUUAGAAAGCCAGGAAGAAAAUAUGAAAGAAUCUUCACUUUACUGAAGCAUGUACAAGGCAGUUUACAAACAAGACUAAUAUUUUUACAAAAUGUCAUUAAAGAAGCAUCAAGGUUUAAAAAACGAAUGCUAAUAGAACAACUGGAGAACUUCUUGGAUGAAAUUCAUCGAAGAGCCAAUCAGAUCAACCAUAUUAAUAGCAAUUAAAAGAAAACAGAAUGUGACCACUUAUUUCACUAUAUCUUCUCCAAAUACAAAGUAAAUACAAGACUGUUGUGAUUUUGCAUUCAUUUUUUGACAUGCAUUGUUGGCUAUUUGAAAUACUAAGAGCAAGUCUACAGAACCUUUCUCAUCAUUUUACAGUGACCUUUUCAUUUUGGUUUAUUUUUGUAAUGUGAAAAGUAUCACUCUAAAAAACAUUUUUAUUUAACAAACUAAAAAUAUUCCUUCAAAUCUCUUGCUUGUCAUUGACUCUUGCGUGUCAAUUUCCCUCAGGUUCUAUUUUCUUAAACCAACCUUUAAAAUUGUCACCUCUGUUAAGGUUGAACUUUGCCAAAAAAAUAAAAAAGAAGUUACUUUGUAAUUUUUGGGGAAAAAAGCACAUACAUUAAAACUAGGUAAUGUUUUGUAUAUACAGUUAUUUUGGAUAUAUUAUUGUAAGUUGUACAAAUGUAUUUUGAAGAAUAUUUAAGAAAAGCACUUUUGUUAUUCCAUCAAUAAAUGCUCUAUUUUA